UAGAAAUAAGUUUGAGAUUUAUCCAAAAUUUUAUGUGCUAUAACUUUAACUCUCCAUAUUUUUAGUUAGGAGACAAAAAAUUUUGGAAAGUAAAUUUACGUGUGUCUUCAAAAUUUCGUAUUUUUUGCAAAGUAAAUUUUGGAUAUUAGACGAGAAUGAGAUAAAAGAAGUUGGAAAGCGAGGGAAGUGGUGAGUGUACGAGGCAAGGAUGGCUUUGUUGCUGCAUUCUCCCUUUCUCCCCUCUCUCUCUCUCCGCUCACAUCUCCACCCGAACCCUAACCCUAACUCUGCUCCCCAUCGUUUCUUCCUAUUCGUUAUUCCCGUCACUUUUAAUGCCGCUUUCCGAUUCUCCGCUCACCAUCGUCUGCUUCCAUCGCCCUCCCCUGCCAUCCCCUGCCGUCAUUCCUUACUAACAACCCCUCUUCAGCUGCCGGGGGCUGCUCUGCGCCUCGCCGUUUCGGUGCUGCUGUUUCUCUGCUUCAGCUUCUGCCUCGGCGGCGUUCGAGCUUGUUCGGCAUCUAUGCCCUCUGUUGCCACCGCUGCUUCCUCCGUUAACGAGGAUCAAACGGUUCAAGAUGAUGGCGAUGAAAGAAAACAGGGUAAUGAAGAAAAUCUGGAACUAGAAGCAGCUUUUAAUACUUGGAAAUCCAAAACAUUUGCAUUGACUGUUCCUUUGAAAGUUGUUGCUCUACGCGGUUCUCUGCCUCCUUCGUGGAUCAAGGACUUCAUAAAUUCUCAAGGAAAGAGAUUAAAGUUUAAUGUGAAGUAUCAUGCCAGUCUUGAUGGUAUCUUUUCUGAGCUAUCAAUUCCUUUUACUAAAGGAAAUCUCGGGCCUGCCUCUGCUUUGGCAGCAGAUAUUGUUGGAAUUGGUGAUUCAUGGCUUAAAGUUGCCAUUAAAAAAGCUAUAAUUGAGCCAAUAAGGGAUGUAGAAGAUCAGGAUUGGUUUAAAGGCUUAGAUGAGAAAUGGAAGGUAUAUCUACGCAGGAACUGUGAGGGAGAAAUGGAUCCUAAAGGUGACAUAUGGGCGGCUCCGUAUAGAUGGGGCUGCAUGGUAAUAGCAUACAAGACAAAUAAAUUUCAAAAGCAUAAGUUGGCUCCUAUAGAGGAUUGGGAAGAUCUGUGGCGGCCUGAUCUUGCAGGGAAAAUUGCAAUGGUUGAUUCUCCUAGAGAAGUUGUUGGUGCAGUUUUGAAGUAUAUGGGGGCUUCCUACAAUGCAAAGAAUAUCAACUUGGAAGUCAAUGGUGGGAGAGAUGCUGUCAAGCUCAAUUUGGCAUUGCUUGCAAAACAGGUCCGAUUGUUUGAUAGUGUAAACUACCUAAAAGCUUUUGGAGUUGGAGACGUGUGGGUAGCUGUUGGAUGGAGUAGUGAUGUUAUCCCUGUUGCUAAGCGCAUGUCUAAUGUUGCAGUUAUUGUUCCAAAGUCUGGAGCAAGUUUAUGGGCGGAUCUCUGGGUAUGUCUCUUUUAUGCGAAUAUAUGAUCUUGUUUUUCUUUUGUUAUCCUUCUCAUCAGGGGACCAUCCCCCUUAAUCCAUCAGUGGAUAGAGUUUUGUCUUCAGGCUGCAAGAGCACUGCCUUUUAAGCAGGAGGUAAUCCCAGGUGCCUCUCCCUCUCAAAUUCAAGAUCAUGCAGCCAAUAUGCCUGUGAACAUGGAGUUUACCAAGGGUAGGCCAAGGCUAAACACCAAUCUCAUUGAUGGAGCACCACCUCUGGACAUUAGAAAAAGGUGCGAGUUUCUCGAGCCUUUAUCUGACUCAACACUGUCGGAUUAUCACUGGUUGCUUGCCUCUAUCCAAGAACCUGGCAAUGGGGUGAUUCACAAAAUGUAUCAGUACAUUGCAAUGGUGGCUAAAUCUUCUGGGUGGUUUGGUUCAAAACUGACAUGAAUACGGAGCUGCUAGUUGUGGAAUGGCUAUAGAGGAUAUAUAUCUUAAUGGUGAAUGGUCUGGAAUUUCUAACGCUGGCCAUUUAGUUUGAAGAUCGUGGAAGUCCAUUUUCAGUAUUACCGGCUAAGAGGUUGUGGUCAAGCCACAGGAAUGUUAUAUUUUUCUUGGAUGUACAUCGGGUUCUUGCAAUGUAAUUUUUCUCAAUGUUACUUUUAUAUAUAUACUGUCAAGUGAAAAACUAACACAAUCAUGAGCUGUUGGUUGUUGACCAAGUUUCAUUGAUAGGUGAAUGCAACUAACCAACGUCAAGAACAAGAGCCAUUCUAUAAUUAAA